UCAAAAUACUUUUGCCGGGGAAGCUAUUACGCCAAGCCUGGUGUCUUUGAUAUUGGUGGGAAAGAAAACAGGUGAGCGGGAGAAAAUGCCGGUGGCGAAGCCUGCGUCGUCAGAGUCAAGAGUCAUCGCUCACCUCGACAUGGACUGCUUCUAUGUGCAAGUGGAGCAGAGGAAACAACCACAACUGAGGGGUCUUCCAACUGCCGUUGUUCAGUACAAUGAAUGGAAAGGUGGAGGUUUAAUCGCUGUUAGCUAUGAGGCCAGGAAGUACGGUGUGAAACGUUCCAUGCGUGGUGAUGAAGCUAAGAGUGUAUGUCCAGAAAUUCAGUUGGUUCAAGUGCCAGUUGCACGUGGAAAAGCUGACCUUAGUAUAUACCGUGAUGCAGGUUCAGAGGUGAUUUCAAUUCUUGCUAAGAAGGGUCGGUGUGAACGAGCAUCAAUUGACGAAGUUUAUCUGGAUCUUACUGAUGCAGCAGAGACCAUGUUAGCAGAGAAUCCUCCAGAGAGCUUGGACGAGAUGGAUGAGGAGGCUCUUAAGUCACAUGUUCUUGGUCUUGAUGAGGAUGACACCGAGGUUAAAGAACGUGUGAAAAUUUGGCUUCAACGAAGUGAUGCUGACCAUAAUGAUAAGUUGCUGUCGUGUGGGGCCCUUAUUGUUGCAGAACUCAGAAAGCAUGUCUUGAAAGAAACUGAAUUUACCUGCUCAGCAGGAAUUGCACAUAAUAAGAUGCUGGCAAAAUUAGCUAGUGGCUUGAACAAACCUGCUCAGCAGACUAUAGUGCCAUCUGCUUCUGUAAAAGGGUUUCUUGGGCCCUGGCCUAUAAAGAAAAUGAAACAGCUCGGGGGAAAGCUUGGAGAUUCCUUGCAAAUUGACUUAGGUAUCAACACAGUUGGAGACCUGUUGCAGUUUUCAGAGCAGAAGCUCCAAGAACGUUAUGGCUUCAAUACUGGAACGUGGUUGUGGAAUAUUGCGAGGGGGGUCAAUGGGGAAGAGGUUAAGGGUCGAAUAUUACCCAAGAGUCAUGGUUCCGGGAAGACAUUUCCAGGUCCUCGUGCCUUGAGGUCGAUUGAUACAGUUUCACACUGGCUCAAGCAACUGUGUGAGGAACUCAGUGAGCGUCUUCUUGCAGAUUUGGACCAAAAUAAGAGAAUAGCUCACACUCUAACUCUGCAUGUGAGCGCAUAUAAGUCAAGUGACACAGAUUCCCAGAAGAGUUUCCCCUCAAAGUCAUGUCCAUUGCGAUAUGGGACUACCAAGAUUCAGGAGGAUGUUCUGAGUAUAUUUCAUGCUGGUUUACGGGAAUUUAUGGGAACAUUUGGAGCCAAGAGCGACAAAAAUCAAAACCCUGGAUGGGGAGUAACUGGUCUCUCUGUCUCAGCUAGCAAAAUAAUUUCAGUGCCACAAGGAACUUGUUCAAUAAAAAAAUUCUUUCCCAGUCAAUGUGCUGUUUCUUGCACUUCAUCAGAAGACACAAAUAAUGAAUUGCUGCAUGAACGGAUGCAAUUUCCAGGGAUUGUGUUGGCUUCAGUGAGAGACUGGAACUUAGACUCUGUUGCAUCCAUUGGAAGGGAAGAUAACGCAGUUAUGCAUGACAUAUCUGGUUUGCAUCAAAAUGAGGACAAGAGAAAAUCUCAGGAAGAUCAGGGGGAAGCUACAUCCUUUUCAUUGUUAGACAAAGCCACAACAUCCUGCUCAUUGUUGGACCAGACGACUCAGACUUGCUCUUUGUUAGGCCAAAUAACAGAUGGCAGAACUUUGCAGUUGGGCAGGGAAGGUUCCUAUACAGGGAGCCAAAGUUGCGGGAACAUUGACCAAGAUGAGCCACAAAAGUUUCUUGAUAAAGAGCCUGCGUGCUUGGCAGUAAGUCCUGCUCCUAAAAUAUGGGAUCGAGAAGUGAAAAAGUCAAAACCAAAGGCACUCAACCAGGGGACAGCUUCAAUCUUGAGAUUUCUGAAGAGACCUGAGCAAUCUUGCUCCCCGUUGAAGCCUGAACCGAACGGGACACUCAAGGAUACCAGUGUACCAACGUGUUCUGGUGGCAGUUCGCUUCAAAGUGGUGAGAAUCAAGGAAAAAGAGAAAGAUGGAGCUACGAUGUACAUGAAAUUGAUCCAACUAUAAUGGAGGAGUUACCAGCAGAUAUCCAGGAAGAACUCCGGAGCUGGAUGCGACCUCUGAAGCAGCACCAAUCAGCCAAGCGUAGUAGUAUUACUUCCUACUUUUUACCAUCCAAAGACUCAAGCUAGAAAUAUGCAUCUUUGAUUGACUCGUCUUAUGUACAUGUGUAAUAUUUAGUUUCAGGGGGAAAAACGGAUUGUAAUUUAUUUAUUUUUAGUAAUUUUGAUGCAGGAA